AUGGCCGCCGCGCCGCGCUCUGCCCCCCGCGCCCUGCCCGCAGCGCCCGCCCCCCGCGCCCAUUGGCGGAGCCGCCGCCACGCUCCGCUCCCAUUGGACAGGGCGCAGCGCAGCUCCGCCUCCCAUUGGUCGAGACGCGCCGCUCGCCUUUCCCCCCCGCUCCCGCUAUUAUGGCGCCCCCAGGCGGAGGAGCCGGGACUUGCCCUGGCGGCCGCACGAAUUAACCUGCUUAACCACCCCGGAUCAGAGGAAGUGGUCUUUGGGCAGGUUGGAGGAAGCAUCCUCCUUUUGUGCCGAAAUGUCUCCAGAGAAGCAACCGAGGUGGUCUGGUUCCAAGGGGAUCCCCACGCCUUCCCCCCACUCUUCUCCUCGAGGGUGACCUUCCCCCCGGACGUCCGUUUCUCCCUGGUUGACAACAGCUCCCUGCUCAUCACCCAGCUGCGCCUGCAGGACGAGGGCAACUACACCUGCAAGGAAGUGCUGAACAAGACGGACCACGAGCACAGGGUCCAGCUCCUGGUAGGCAAAACCCCUUCCCUGGAAACAGAGCCUCCAAAGACAUGCUUUGUGGGUGACAAUGUGACUCUGACCUGCCGUGUGACCGAGAGCACCCCUGAAGCCAAGCUCACCUGGCUGCGAGGCAUCGCCCAGCCCGAGGUGGAGAUCCAGCCUGGAGGGAGGUACCUGAUCACCCAGGAGAGCAACGUGUCCCAGCUCACCAUCCAGAACUGUUCCCAGGGCACUGACGGGGGCUGCUACGUCUGCAAAGCACAGAACCCCCUGGGGCUGAGGGAGCUGUUUGUCUGCCUGACCGUGAAGCAGCCAGUGAACAUUGUAGGGGUUGUGGGUGCAGUGGUGGUCCUGUCCCUGCUGGCUGUUCUCACCAUCACUGGGCUUGUCUUGUACUACAAUCCCCUCCUGUGCCUGAGAGGUAGGAGCUCACCUCUGCACAAGCCAGAAAAGGGUGCUGCAUUCAGGAGCCAGGACUCAGAUGAUGUCUUGGUGCUGGUGGACUCAGAAGAUGAUGAUGAGGGGAAGGAGGAAGAGGAGACCCUGAGCAGCACCAAGCAGGAGGUGAUGGCACUGGUCAAUGGGAGCAGCAUCCAGGCUGCUUACCAGAUCUGCCUUACAGGUGUCUCUUUUAACAAGGUGGCACCCAAUGCAGGCAGAGGUGGGUCCCAGUAG